UCCACAUUGCACCCCCUUGACAUCCUACCCGCACUGUGUGCUUUAGUGUGUUAUCUAUAGUUUUUGCUCGCAUUUUACUUUUUUUUUGCUUUUCUUAACGAUCGCCCACAUCGCUUGUUAGCGAACUUGAAGCGAUGUCUACGACGCCCCCUCCCAAGAAGACCCUUCGCUCUCGUAUGGGAACUGCGAUGCGUCGCUCCUCUACGAGCUGGGGUCUCCCAACAUUGCCAAAUCGCUCAGGCUCAGCAACUCCCCCUCUCACAGAGCCUGAUUCUGCCUCCAUAGCAGGAUCAACCUCUCCAAAGUUCGAGCGCGAGGCCUCCACCGCGUCCCUUACGCAGGUCGACACCACACCUCCUCCUAGCCAAAUGGCCCCCAGUACCAUCCCUGAGUCACCUGCUCGUGAAGCAGCUGCCCUUGCUAGUGAGGCGGCUUCUCCAAAUCAGAGUACAUCUCCACUUUCAGGGGGCGUUUUUACCGCCGAACAUCCUUCGGAUCCUUCACCCCGAGCGCCCGAAGGAUCACGUAAAGCUACCGAAGAGCCCAAACCUGAGCCCGCCUUCGCAGUUCCUUCCGUCGUGGUUAAUUCGCCCGGACCCGCGGCUGAGAAUACCCUUUCCCCUGUGUUCACAGACGAACCAGAAGAAAUUGGCCCACCCGGAGAGCGUGCUCAAGCAUCUGCUCCUCCGGCCUCAACACAGGCUCCCAGUGCCGCUCCGAAACCUACUCCAGCCCCUUCUACGACACCUCCGCCUGCUCUAGCCCGUGAACCCACACCUCCAGUUCCAGCUGCUUCACCUCCUCCAGCAGCUGCUCGACCUCGUGAACCCACGCCUCCAGUUCCAACCGCUACUCCUCCUCUAGCAGCUACCCCACCCCGUGAACCUACGCCUCCAGUUUCAACCGCUUCACCUCCUCCAGCAGCUGCCCCACUCCGUAAACCCACUCCUCCAGCUUCGACCGCCACUCCUCCUCCAGCAGCUGCCCCACCCCGUAAACCCACCCCUCCAGCUUCGACCGCUACUCCUCCUCCAGCAGCUGUCCCACCCCGUGAACCCACCCCUCCAGUUCCAGUUGCUACAUCUCCUCCAGCAGGAAAGGCAGCAGAUGCCACUUCAGCAGCACCCCGGCAACUUGCUUCCUCGUCAGCACCUGCGCCCACUGCACCAUCUGCACCAUCUCGUGCACAAGCUUCGACACCUCCAGCACCUCCAUCGGAGAUUUCUCGUGUUCCACCCUCCGCACCACGAACACCUCCUGCACAGGCACCUGGCCCUGCCACAACUACGGGUUACUUUGACCUUUCAGUUCCCCGCACGUCGUCUCCGCUGGAUGAGCAUGUAGAUGAGGGAGCAAACGUCUGGGCAGACCAUAUCUCCCCUUCAGCUUCGCCUCCCCUUCCACCUGCGUCAGCACCUCCACCUGCGCCAGCGCCAGCGCCUGCCCCUGUCACCGAAUUCGACCCACUUGCCAAUCACCCAGCAACAUCUAAAGUAGCGAAAACCACUUCCCGUCCUCGGGGUUCGUCGGUCUCCUCUGCGCAGGUGAUGGCCCAGCGACAACCAAGCCGGAAGCCAAGCUCGACCUUCCAACCUCGUGAGCGGGAAAUCAUUGGUACCACGUACACUUGGAGUAGUCCUAACAGUGAAUUCAACCAAAGCAAGGCAAGCCUAGCAAUACAUUCAGAGGACCCGUUCGCAGAUUCAGGCCCGCGCGCUCCGGGCUACCAUCUCUACCCCCCUCAACAGCCGGCUGACCUUGCAUCGCCCAUUGUUCACGAUCAUUUUGACCCUCGAUCACCACGAGAUGAAACCAUGAUAGCUCCUGCUGAACCAGUGGCGGUACCACUACCCGCCCUGCAUGAAGUCAUGCUUUCCCACUCCGUUCGGCAAGUCUCUUCGGGCUACACCUCGAGCGACGGGGCUAGUACUGGGUACAUCCCGAGCAGAGACAUACCCAUAGAAACGAACGAGCGUCUCCCCUUGAUCAUUCGCCAAGGUCGCCCAUCUACGCCUCCCAUCGUGACCACGUUUUCGCAGCCCAGCCCAGAGACAGAAUCUUAUCAUCCACAUGCCUUCGGUGUCAGCCACCCCACUCCACAGCGAGCUCAGCCUGCUCGCCUCGAUGGCAAUGGCUCCGCACAUACUUAUUCGUAUGGGUCAGUGUCCAGGCCGUAUGCUGGCCGUGGAUGGAUAGAGCAGGCGCUACCUCACGGUGCCAAAUACUUUGUGAAUCCGCGUGUUCAGGCUACGACUGAUAUUGAUCUUCGCAACUUGGCUAAGUUGGAAGCGGUUAUGUCGGUUGUGGAAAUGGCCGGUAGUGCCCCUGAAGGAUGUGAAAUGUGGGUCAGAGAAGGUCCCGCCGUGAAGAGAGGUUGGAGAAGACAGAAGGUGACUGGAGGGCCGGUUAUCAGUUGGAUAGACCAUCGAAUCCGCAGAGUCUCGAGUGAUAUCCCUAGUGUUGAUGGAAUUAUCUUUUCUGGGGAAGAUGACAACUCACCCUGCGCAUAUUCAUUGCCGCCGAGUGCUCGGCAGGAAGCUUUGGACGCUCUUCAUUGGUCUUACACAGACCCAUUAUUGGCACAUCCUCAGCCGAUCCCCCCUCCCUUCACCCAGGAGGAGUGUCACAAGUUGUUAGGCCAUCUCAAUGACCCCAACCUGCGGUCAACUACAACACAUACGCGGAUGAUUGCCCGUAUCUUGCUUCGCGUCGCUCACUGGCGUCAAAUGCACUUCCGACCACACAAGCCUCUUCCCCACGAUGUCCCUGUCAUGCGACGCCCCAUACGACGCGUUCCUGUAGGUCGCAUGAUUGUCGAUAUCAUUACUGGUAUUCUCUGUCUCGGUAUUCCAUUCUUCCUCGUUGACCGGUCAACAUAUGGUGGCCACAUUGACUUGGAGGGCAACGUCGUGUCUAAUUCUGGUGGUCCUUUGUUCCUGGCUGGUGCUUGUGCAUGUCUAGUUGCCGCUGUCAUCCUCAGUGCUUCUGUGACACUCAUGACAUUACCCGGUCUGAGUGGUAUCGCACGCAUAUCAGGUCUCGUCGCCAUCAUGUGCUCAGUAUUGAGCAUGAUCACCUCGUUCAUUUCCAUCAUACGUCAGAAGACGGAAUUGGCGCACGGGACGCCCACGUCGGGCUCCGAAGGAUUUGUACUUCUCUCUCGCCGAAGUGUCCUACUAUCUCUCCCACUUGUAUUCCUAGCCUACUCUGUCGCAGGCUUCAUCACUGGCGUUGUUAUCUACUCAUUCAACGGAGUGGUGGUCAACGGAAUAGCGAAAGGCUCUCUAUCACAGAUACAUUGAUGACUGUAUUCAUAGUUGGCGCUCGGGAUCUUAGCUGGUGUCGCCGGAUCCAGUGCUUAUCAAUGUCUACUGAAGCUACUUCGUAACGAUUUAUAUUUUGUGUAUGUUAGAACUGUAUAUUACGAGCCUGUCAAUUACGAGCCUGUCACGUCCUACCUUAUGUUACCAUAUGACACGAAGUCCAAUACAAUUUUCUGAUGAAUCUCGGUGAUAUCGGCCAGCAAUGGUGGCCCUGGC